UUCAAGUCCACAGUGCUCAGAUCUCUCCAGUGCAGUGAUCAGAGGCCCUGCGAGAAUUGCACUAGUGCGGGUAAAGGUACGGAGUACAUCGAUUCCUCUUGCUUGCAUAUGAUCCAUCAACUCACUAGUUUAAUAGAAUGUCAUGCGAGUGAGCGUGUUGCUCGCAAAUCAUAUGCGCAUGACGAGUAUACUCGAUCUCUAGAGGAGAAGAUCGCUGCUCUCGAAUCUAGAGCGUCAAGUGAGGCGAGAAAUUCCUCUUUGGAGGGUGAGACAGCCUUAGAAGAUGAUGACGCCAACGAACAGGUUCGUCCUGAGCAAGAAAACACGUCUUAUGUGGGCCGGAGAGAAUUGGAGGAUCGAGAUACACAGUCUCUCGUUAUUCCUACAUGUGAGGCGCCAGCCAUAAAAUUUCCCCCGUCAUUUCAUUCGGUCAUUUCAAACGUGUCUCCAAUCGCUGAAGAUCAAUGUGGUCAUUCAACUCUUCUAAUCGGUAUUUUGGCAACACUUACCAGUGGAAAUCCUUGCGGGAUCGCUUCUCAGCGAAGUGAUCCGUGGCAUGAGAUCAUUUUAUCUUCGCCGAUCGCAGAAGGAGCUCUCAAGCCGAACCCCCAAAUUUUACUCCCAUCUUCUGUUGAGGAUGCGCUUGUUGAAAUCUACCUGGAAAGGGUCAAUCCGCGGUACCCGUUUCUCCAUGCUGAAAUGUUCUCGGGCUGGUAUAAGUCAUGGAAGUUACGGAGGCAUUCGGAGCCUGUUGACGACCCACGGGACCGCUGGGUGGACUUCUUCGUGACGAUGGUACAUGCUGUGAGUAUACUCCUCACGCCUCAAGUGUCGCAGAACGACAUUGUUACCUCUCAGUCUCUGUAUAAUGCUGCGAUGAAAUACGCACCCUUCGUCUUCAGUCAGCCCGAUCCAAUAUUGCACGCGCAAGCUUAUCUUCUGCUCACAUUACACGCUCUUCAUUCGCCGUCAUCACAGAUGAUCAUUAAUAUGGUAUCUAUUACCAUGCGUCACUGCGCAAUCAAUAAUUUGCAUCGCGCCGAAUGCGAAAGACAAGCGCGGUUCCCCGAAUUUUCACGAGAACAGCAGAUCCGCCGAAGGGUGUUCUGGUCCGCAUACGCUUUGGAUCGAUUGAUCAGCUGGAUCUAUUACAUCCCAAACAACCUGCCUGAUGAGCAUAUCACAGUUGAAAUGUUUUCAACUGUCGAGGACGCAAGUCUUCAUGAUGACACUGCAGAUAUUAGCCAACCUCCACCGGAGUUGCCUCAAAGAACACGGCUUUCUCCGACGCUACAUCUCAUACGAUGCAGAGGUAUCCAGUCUCGUAUUCUCAACACGAUGAUGCGGUCGGACUUUCAUAAGAUUAACGCCACGUCGACAUGGAGAGAACACAUGCUGGAAGAACUUGAGUCCUGGCGCACGCAUAUCAAGCGGUUGAGUCAUAGUACGAACCGAGGGUAUCUUAGCGACCGGUGGGUAGGGAUGGCCUACAACUAUACCGUACUCAUCCUGUUCCAACCGAAUAAAACAAAUGCCCUCGCUGGUUUUGGUGACCGAUCAGUGCAAGCCUGCGCCCAGAUUGCAUUGACAUUCCGAGCAUUUCAAAAAGACCGGCAAACAGCUCAACUGUGGCCUGGGCUGUUGAGUCAGUUUGCCAUAGGUGUCACUCUUCUCUACUGCUUUUGGGCAACCCCACCUUCAUACCGUACACCCACGUACAGAUUGCCAGAGGUAUCGGAAGCGCUGCGGGCAUGCUCGACAGCCCUGGCAAUACUAUCUGAACGUUGGGCACAGGCUGAACCUCUUCGGGAUGUGUUCGAUAUACUGGCUAGAGAAAUCCCGAUUCAUGAAACGCCAGGAAUGGACCAUUCAUCACGAUGCAUGUCCACUCAAUCCGUUUCUUUCAUUGAAUCCCAAAUGCACUUUAUGAGUGAUGUUGUCCGAAAUCGAGGAGUCCUACGAAUGGUGCAGGAGAUGAUCUCGGAGAACUUCCCUGUGGGUCCAGCGGAGAGAAUCCAGCAUCAAGCUCCCGCCGUGGAUCUUGAAACUGGCGGUGCUGGCGGCCAUCUUUGCUCUGAGCACUGCGCUUUGUUUGACUCCACGACAUUCUUUGAUCCCACCAACAUCAUCGAGCCGGAUUCGGUGACGGAUGGUGGUUUGAGUGAAACGUAUGGUGGCUUUGAGGAUACAAUGUUUCCAGCUUUUUUCGGCUCAGCUGAGUUUUAA